AUGGCAGAACUCAAACAUCUUCAUGCUCAGAUCAUUGUCAAUGGCUUGCUUCAAGAAAACCUAACUGUUGGAAAAUUGAUUGCCUUCUGUGCUAUUUCCGAUGCGGGCAAUCUCAGCUACGCUCGGUUGGUCUUCGAUCAAAUCGCGGAACCCAAUAGGUUCAUGUGGAAUAGUUUGAUAAGGGGCUACUCAAAGAGCAAUUUCCCAAGAGAGGUUUUUCCCCUCUACCACAGGAUGAGAGGUUUAGGUCUUUCUCCCAAUGAAUUUACCCUCCCAUUUGUUCUCAAAGCCUGUGCUUCUGAACUUGCAUACAGGGAAAGCUUACUCAUCCAUGCUGACGCGAUCAAGUUGGGAAUUGGAUCACAGGUUUGCGUACAGAACGCCCUUUUGAGUGUUUAUACAGCUUGUGGAUCGAUUGAAUCUUCUCGAUCAGUAUUUGACGAUAUUGUUGAUAGAACUCUUGUUUCUUGGAAUUCAAUGAUCGGUGGGUAUUCUAAAAUGGGUUUUUGUAAAGAAGCAUUUUCUCUCUUUCAGGAGAUGAGAGACUUGGGUUUGGAACCCGAUGAAUUUACCUUAGUCAGUCUUCUCUCUGUUUGUGCACAAACUGAGAAUUUUGACUUGGGUAGAUAUGUGCAUUUUUAUAUAGAAAUUACGGGGACUAGUAUCGAUUUGUUUGUGAGGAACGCAAUAGUGGAUAUGUAUGCUAAGUGUGGGCAUUUGCAUUUGGCUCAAAAGUAUUUUGAUCGAAUGCCUGACAGAAAUGUGGUUUCAUGGACUUCCAUUGUCAGUGCUUGUGCUAGGAAUGGCCUAUUUGAUCAGGCCCAAAAGAUGUUUGAUCAAAUGCCUACCAAAAAUGUAGUUUCUUGGAAUUCCAUGAUUUCAUGUUAUGUCCAACACGGUAAGUGCAGGGAAGCAUUAGAUCUCUUCACUCAGAUGCUCAAUUCAAGAGUGGAACCUGAUGAAGUGACGCUAGUAAGCAUUCUUGCAGCAUGUAGCCAAAUCGGUGAUUUGAUAACAGGAAAGGAAACUCACAUUUACAUUUCCAAUAGCAGUAUAACCCCUAGCAUUGCACUAUGUAAUUCCCUUAUAGAUAUGUAUGCGAAAUGUGGCCCUGUUGAUACUGCCUUGGAUCUAUUUAAUCAAAUGCCUGAGAAGAAUUUGGUGUCAUGGAAUGUUAUGAUUGGAGGCCUUGCUAUGCAUGGGCGUGGUCUUGAUGCAGUCAAGCUCUUUGAAAAAAUGCUAAAGAAUGGGGUUGCCCCUGAUGGGUUCACUUUUGUUGGCGUGCUCAACGCUUGCAGUCACAGUGGCUUCGUAGACAUGGGCAGAUAUUACUUUGACAUCAUGACUCAUGUUUAUGGGGUUCCCCAUGAAAUUGAACAUUAUGCUUGUAUGGUUGAUCUUCUUGGGCGUGGAGGGCACUUGGAGGAGGCAGUCAAGUUAAUAGGAGGUAUGCCUGUGAGACCUGAUGUUGUUAUAUGGGGUGCUUUGCUGGGGGCCUGUAGAAUUCAUGGAAACGUAGAGAUAGGAAAGCAAGUUCUGAAACAAAUUUUGGAGUUGGAGCCACAUAGUGGAGGAUUACAUGUGCUCAUCUCAAACAUAUAUUCUGAAGCUCAAAGAUGGGGAGAUGUGAAGAAUGUGAGGAAACUAAUGAAGGACAAUGGGAUCAAGAAGGAUAAAGCACUGAGCGUGAUUGAAAUUGAUGGCCAUGUUCAUGAGUUCAUGGUUGAAGACAAGAGCCAUGAAAACUCGAGCAAUAUUUAUUCCAUGAUUUAUCAAUUGACAAAUCAUUUAAGGUCCAUUGGGUAUCUAAGCAACAACCCAGGAGUUCCGUUAGAUGUAAACGAAAUUUAA